GCAGACAAUAAAGGUCCUCUAUGUUGUUUACAAAACAGAUGCUUCCUUCCUUUGAGUAUCUCAUCACUUUUGACGUCAACCAAAAAACCUCAACUUACUCACACACAUUGAAUAAAACCGAAGCAGAAAGAAAGAUGAUGUGGGAAGGUGGAUCAUCAACAGAGGCGACGGAAGCAAGCGGAGGCGGAGGUGGUCGGAGGAAACCGUCGUGGAGGGAGAGAGAAAACAACCGGAGGAGAGAGAGACGGAGGAGAGCGAUUGCAGCUAACAUAUAUAGCGGAUUGAGAGCUCAGGGGAACUAUGAUCUGCCCAAACAUUGUGAUAAUAAUGAGGUUUUGAAGGCUCUCUGUAGAGAAGCUGGUUGGGUUGUGCUUCCUGAUGGCACCACAUUUCGUAAGGGAUGCAAGCCACCUCCCUCCAUUGACAUCAGGAACAUAUCAACCAACACAACACCAUGCUCUUCCCAGAAAUCGAGUCCAACGAAUCAUCAUCAUCGCUUCACCUUUUUUAACGAUUCGAUUCCAUCUUCGCUCCCUCGGCUUCGCAUAUCAAACAGUGCCCCUGUAACUCCACCAAUCCCAUCCCCAACAUCAAAGACUCAUCAAAACAACAACAACCUGAUUUGGGAAUCUUUAAACAGUCAAACAAUGUCCUCAUUAAACAUCAUACCAAAUCUUAUGAUAUCCUGUUCUGCACCCACAAGCCCAACAAGAUACCAGCGGUUCAAACCCAUGACUAUACCUGAAUGUGACGAGUCUGGCUGCUCCACCAAUGACUGGCUGAGGUUCCAAGACCAUGGGCCUAUGGCGAUGAGCCCGACAUUCCACCUGGUUAAACCUGGUGAUGCCGAAUUUGAUAAAGGAAAAGGGGUAGAAGUUGGAUUUGAGAAUGGUGGGCUCAAGGCAUGGGAAGGUGAAAGGAUUCAUGAUAUGGGAUUCGAUGAUCUUGAGCUAACUCUUGGAAGUGGUAAUUCUAAGUGAUGAUGCUUUUCUUGAAGAUGUAGUGAUUUCAGAGAUUAGAAAUUUAGCAUCCUGUUAAUGUCUUCCUAAUUUGUGUUAAAAGGGUGGAGAUUUCAUGAAUUUUGAUAUUUUUUAACCAUUCUUCUUAAUCUUUCAUUA